AUGGCCACUCGAGCUCUCCUCCAUUCACAUUCUAGUCCCUUAGCUUUCCAAUCGUCAGGACGUGUCACUCUCAACUCUGAUCUCCAACAGAAUGCCGUGUUUCCUCAAUCCAGACAGCUAAAAUCCGCCACCGCUGGCGUCGUACGUGCUGAGCUCUUCACUCAACAACCUAAAGCUGUCAAUCCCGUCACGUCCCAGUUUAACCGAAGCAUCACUCGCGCUGCGGGAAGUACAACAAGGACCGAAUCCAGUAAGACUGACGUGGCAGAGGUAGCGGAAGGCGCGGUGCCGCCAGCUGUGAUCGACGACCUUAUCGCGUUCCUUCAACAAGAACUGCCGAAGCUGUUCGUGGAAGGGGGCAUGAGCUCGGCGCGCUUCGCGGACAAGGUGGAGUUUGAGGACCCCAUAACGCGCUACGACACUCUGGCGGGAUACCUCUUUAAUAUCCAGAUGCUGCGGUACCUGUUUCACCCCGUCUUCAUUCUCCAAGACACAUACCAGUCCGGCCCAGCGGAGAUCACAACGCGAUGGACGAUGAAAAUGUACUUCUGGCUGCUGCCGUGGCGCCCAGAGGUGGUUUUCACAGGUCUCUCAAUCUACGGCAUCGACCCGCGCUCGCAGCAGUUCAUCAGCCACAGGGACGUGUGGGACUCCAUUCGGGACAACGGCUACUUCUCCCAGGAAGGCCUUCGAGAUUUGGUGAAGCAGAUGAUGACGCUCUACUCGCCGCCCGCCCAGCUCAACUCCCCAAAGUUUGGCGUUCUGCUGCGGAGGGCAAGCUAUGAGGUGCGGGAUUACCCUGCCUACCAAGUCGUUCAGGUCAACUCGCCUGUCCAAUCAGCGAUGGACAUCUGGCCCUCUGCUCCUGGCACUCCUCCCAGUCCACAAGUGGAAAAGCUAAAGAGGUACUUCCAGGGAGCCAAUAGCCAGAGGAAAACUAUUCCCGAGGGCCCCCUCAUGCUCAGCAGCCCUCCAGAGUCCGCCGGGCAGGAUAGAAUAUUAGCGAUUGCCGUGCCUCUUGAUGCUGAUGCUCCCACUCCAACCGAUCCUGAUCUCACCGUUGGCACAAUGCCACGUGGCACAUGGGCUGCAGUAUCAUUCGGAGGGCUGCCAUUGGUGGAGACAUUCUCGUCAGCAGCUGCUGCUCUGCGGGCUGAUGCCACCUCUGAUGGCCUGCUGCUGGCCUCAAGAGGAGCCGGCUCAGACAGGUCUACAGCUGCCGCUGACAGCACUGCUACAGAUGCUGUGAAGGGAGGCAUGGGGUUGGGUGCUGCUGCUUCUGCUCUGGUGUCCUACCCAAGUGGGUCUCCCAUCCCAUUUCUCAAGAGAAACGAAGUGCUCUACAGACUGGAAAAUUUCUCGUUGGAGUCUGUCGGAAAGACGAUAUCUUGCAGCUAG